UAAUUACUUCCCUUAUUAAGAACCAUCCACGUAUAUUAAUUGGUAAACACAGCUUUAAGAGACUAGAAUGUUUACAGUUAUCAAAGCUGUUUUAAUUGAUUUAAGCGGAACUAUCCACAUUGACGAUGCAGAAAUUAGAGGAUCGAUAGAAAGUCUCAACAAACUUAGGCAUUUGGAAAGAUCAAUAAAGUUUGUGACGAAUACUACUAAAGAAUCAAGGGCAAUGCUAGUAAAACGUCUACAUCGUAUAGGAUUUCAAAUCGAACCACAAGAAAUAUUUACGUGUCUCACCGCAGCAAGAAAGAUGAUUGACUCACGGAACCUUUCACCGCUAUUGCUUCUAGACGACAGGGCACUCGAGGAUUUUACAGGUAUUCCACAAGACCAGUUCGACUCAGUUGUUGUGGGGCUCGCACCAGAGAAGUUUAACUACGGAAGUAUGAACCAUGCGUUAAGGCUGGUGCUAGGAGGUUCCCCGCUCAUUGCCGUGCACAAGGCGAGGUAUUACAAGCGCAAAGAUGGGCUAGCGCUGGGGCCAGGACCGUUCGUUUCUGCACUGGAAUACGCAGCAGACUGCCAGUCGCAAGUGGUCGGUAAACCAGAGGCGGCGUUCUUCCUGUCAGCGAUCGAGGAGUUCAACGUGCAUCCAGAGGAGUGCGUCAUGAUAGGCGAUGAUGCGCGCGAUGAUGUCGUUGGGGCAAUCAGGGCUGGGAUGAAAGGGAUCCUGGUUAAAACAGGGAAAUACAGACAAGGUGAUGAGCGCCAUUUGCCACCGGAAGCUGUUGUUGCAGACGACUUUCCAAGUGCUGUAGAUAUGCUUACUUCAGAAACCUGACAUGCUACAAGUGUAAUUAAAAUUUAAAGUUUGUAAUAUAGUCUAAACGCGUUUAUGUUUGAGUGAUAAAAGUACAAAUUCAGGAAAGGCUGAUACUUACAUUUAUUGAAUUUUGUAUUGUCUUUAUAUUUUAUUCUGUAUUUAUAUUUUCAAUAGAUUUUUCGGUGAA